AUGAGGGGGAUCCGCUAAGAAGCACUGCUUGUCGAGCGUGGAUCCCCUAUCAUAUUACAUUAAAGAAUGAAAAAUUUGGGGGAAAAUUAUGGAAGGCCUACAAUGAUUAGCAUUUCGAACCCCUCGACGCUGAGUGUUAUUCGUGUUAAGCACAUUCGACCAAGUGUUGUCCCUAUGAGGUUCUAGUGAUUGCUUACAUCCAUGACUCACAUUCGUUUGAUUUCAUUUCACAAUAGAAAAUGAAGGGUGAAACAAUUAGUCUUAUUCCACCAACAAGGAGAGUGAAGGUCACUGUAUGCAGUUCUAGUUUGGAGGAAAAUGUAUCGGGUCUUAUCCAGUACAUCCAACAAAAGCUACCCGAUGUUGUGGAAAAGGUGGAAUUUAGAUCCCUCCCGUACAACAUUAGAGACAUCGACAAUUUCGAUUUGAGAGGAAUUGAUGUCCUUCUACUCUGCCACUCCAUAAACAACAGACGAUUCUCAAUAACUGACGUCACAGAUGCGUUGUAUGAUAGAUUUCUGCCAAGGGCUAAGAAAUAUUUAGGAAAAUGUAAGAUAGGAGUCAUCGCCCAUGACUUUUCAGAAGAUUAUCUUAAAGAUUUUAAGAUAUCUACUUUUCGCCGCACACAGCCCACGACAUUCAAGUGUGCAGCACUUGUUCUGAUUGGAGGGCAGCUGUCACAUGAUCCGGUGAAGUUAAAUGACAAACAGCUUGGUGAUCUUCAGCAGUUCUUUCUGGCAUCAAAUGCAAGUCGUUCGGAAAGGUUUCACAAAAUGCCCUACAGAUUUAUUAAUUGUUGUAUGUAGAAUCGGCGGUGAUGAAGAUGAUGGUGAUAGGUAGAAUGGUGAUGAUGAACAUGUUAUAGCCUACUCAUUAUAAGGUUGUGGUGGCAUCGUGGUCUAGUGGUUACGACUCUCGUCUUUCAAUCGAAGGGACGUGAGUUUGA